AUGGCUAUCAUCACUCUCGCUUAUCUGCUUCAAGCCAUUACCAACAGCUUCUGGUGGUUCGUGGUCCUUCGUAUUCUCAAUGGCUUGGCGGGUGGUGGUCGCCCAGUAGCUAUGGCCUAUGUGGCGGACACAGUGAGCAUCCCUAGCAAGCAGAGGGCCUAUCUUGGCUAUAUGAAUAUGAUACCAGGACUGUGGUUGAGAGCUCCUUUCUAUGCGACUGCUANNNNUGAUGGCAUAGGUGCCCCACCUGGAGAAAUAAAUUGUAUUGAGGGAUAUCUUAGAGUAGCGGCAUAG